ACCUCUCUUGCUUCAUUUCACCAUAUAUGAAUACGGUGUCUACUCGCCGCACUCAAAUCUCUUUAUCCAAGAGCCCCAAAACCUAGGGUUUCUUCUGCAACUGCAAAAUCAAUGGGAAAAGGAACAGGAAGCUUCGGUAAGAGGAGGAACAAGACCCACACACUCUGUGUGAGAUGUGGUCGCCGCAGCUUUCAUCUCCAGAAGAGCCGAUGCUCUGCUUGUGCCUUCCCUGCAGCCCGUGUCAGGAAAUAUAACUGGAGUGUGAAGGCGAUCAGAAGGAAGACCACUGGAACUGGUCGCAUGAGGUAUCUUCGCCACUUGCCCCGCAGAUUCAAGAGCUGCUUCAGAGAAGGCACUCAAGCGACUCCGAGGAGCAAGGGAGUCUCAGCUUCUGCUUGAGGGCGUUGAAUGGUUGAUGCAGGAAUGUUUUGGGGUACUUAAUUGUAGUCUAUUGGUGUUCACUAAAUUAAGUUUUAUGAUCAGAACAAGUCAAAUUUUGGGAACAUCGUUUGAAUGCUUUAUACCCACUUAAUAUGUAGUUGUGUUUACAAUUUAAUAUGUAGUUGAAUUGAGUUUUUUGAGUAAUGAAGGAUGAGACUUAUUAUUA